GGUCUCUACCACAAGCAGAGAGGUUUCGCCGUGUGCGGGUUCAGGGUGUGGAUCUUGUAUGUGGAGCCGUGUGUGGCGCAUCGACCUCCAAUUCAUAGGAUACUGACUUAAUUGCGUAUGGUUAACCAUGCACCUUGGCACGGUGUUCACCCUUCUUCCAGUGAUGCUGCUUCUCAAAGCGCAUCCAGGCUGCUCGCUCCAGGAGAUCCAAACCACCCGGGAGACCCUGUCCAAGAUCAACGCGGCUGGAGAGAUGAUGGAGUGCUCUGCACCGAUGGACGUGGUCUUCCUAUUGGACGGCUCCUACAGCGUGGGGAAAGGAAGCUUCGAGCGGUCGCGCCACUACGCCCUCAGACUGAGCCGGGUCAUGGACAUCGGACCGGACAAGGUGCGUGUGGGUGUGGUUCAGUUUGGCUCCUCCCCUCGGCUGGAGAUCUCUCUGGAUGACUGCUCGACCACAGAGGAACUGACCAAACGCUUGAAGAAGAUAACCUACAGGGGUGGCGGCACCCAGACGGCCCAGGCCUUCCAGUACCUCCUGAGGAAGGGCUUCCCCGGGGGCCGGAACUCCUCGGUUGUGUCGCGGGUGGCGGUCCUCCUGUCGGACGGCCGGUCCCAGGAGGGCUUCUCCAAGGGGGGGCUGGUCCAGGCGGCCUCCCAGCUCAAGGAGAGCGGGGUGGUGCUCUUCGCUGUGGGCCUGCGCCACCCCAGAUGGGAGGAGCUACACAAGUUGGCCAGUGCACCAAUGGAGAGCCACGUCUUCUUCGCAGAGCAUUUCUCAGACGCCGUGAACGGCCUGUGCACCACGCUGACCUCCUCGUCCGUCUGUGAUGCCACACCAACAGGCUGCCAGGAGCGCUCGUACCCAUGUGAGAGGAAGACUCUGGAGAAGGUGAAGGAGCUGCACGGGAACUUCAUGUGCUGGAAGGGGGGCAUGGGCGCCUCCACCUACACCUCCCUGUGUCCACACUACAAGUACACAAAGGCUUACACAAGGCACCAGACAGUCUGUCAUCGAACCAUAUGCCCAGAUCCAUGUGACUCUGAGCCCUGUAUGAACGGGGGGACGUGUGUGUCCGAGGGUCCGGAGGGCUACCGCUGUGUCUGUACCCCGGGGUACGGGGGAGACCCCCACUGUGCCCCUGCGCUCUCAUUGGACUGCUCCGUGGACCUGCUCUUCCUGGUGGAGGGCUCGGCCAUGCUGGGGAUGGAGGGCUUCCUGCGCCUCAAGGCCUUCCUCAAGCGCUUCCUGCAGACCGUCAUGGCCUCGGACACGCCCACUAAGGUGGGGCUGGCCGUGUUCGGGCGCGAGGUGCGCGUGGAGGCCCAGGUGGGCCGUUUCCGGGGGGACGUGCGGGGGCUGUUGGCGGCGGUGGACGGCAUGCAGCCGGUGGGCGGGCCCACGCGGGCGGGCCAGGCGCUGCGCCACGUCACGGGCCACGGCUUCCUGAGCGCGCCGGUGUUCGCCGACGUGACGGACGACCUGCCGCGUGUGGUGGUGCUGCUGACCGCCACGGCCUCGGCCGACGAGGUGCUGGAGCCCGCGCGCUACGCCCGCGACCGCGAGACCUUCCUGAUCGGCGUGGGGCCCGAGCGGCUCCGGGGCCAGCUGGACAACGUCACUGGGAACCCCCAGCGCACGCUGACGUACUCCGGGGCCGGGGGCCUCAACGCCAAGAUCCCCGAGCUGACGGCCAAGAUCUGCAGCGUGGACAACCAAGGCUGCCUGGGCCGCGCCCUGGACCUGGUGCUGGUGGUGGAUGCCUCGGCCGGCGUGGGCCGGGACAACUUCGCCACGCUGAAGGAGUUUGUGCGCGGCGUCACCGUGCAGUUCGACGUCAACCGCGACCUGGCGCAGGUGGCGCUGGUGACCUACGGCCGCCGCGCCGGCACCGAGUUCCCGCUGGACGCCCACGCCUCGGGCUCGGCCGUGCUGGCGGCCGUGGGCGAGGCGCGCUACGCGGGCGGCGCCGCCUCCCUGGGCGCCGCCCUGCUGCACCUGCGCGCCGAGGUGCUGACGGCGGGCGGCGGCGCGCGGCCCGGCGUGCACCGGGCGGCGGUGGUGCUGACGGACGGCGCCGGCGGCGAGGACGCGGCCGUGCCGGCCCAGCGUCUCCGUGACGACGGCGUGGCGGUGUUCGUGGUGGGCGUGGGCGACAUGCAGCGGGAGCGGCUGCUGCGCGUGGCGGGCGCCGAGGAGCGCGUGAUGGCGGUGCCCUUCUACGAGGACCUCAAGUACUUUGAGGACGUGCUGGUGCAGAUGCUCUGCGCCGAGCUGAAGAAACCAAUGGACCCGUGUAAGCCCAACCCUUGCAUGAAUGACGGGAUCUGCAGCCUAUUAGGAGGGAGCUUCCGCUGCGAUUGCCGGGACUUUGAGGGACCUCAGUGUGAAACCAAGAGCCGCUGGUCCAGGGGGGACCAGCCCAGACCGGACCCCCAGGAGAGGAGGAGCAGGGGAGACCAGCCCAGACCGGACCCCCAAGAGAGGAGAACCAAGGGGGACCAGCCCAGACCGGACCCCCAAGAGAGGAGGAGCAGGGGAGACCAGCCCAGACCGGACCCCCAAGAGAGGAGGACCAAGGGGGACCAGCCCAGACCGGACCCCCAAGAGAGGAGGACCAGGGGGGACCAGCCCAGACCGGACCCCCAAGAGAGGAGGACCAGGGGAGACCAGCCCAGACCGGACCCCCAAGAGAGGAGGACCAAGGGGCACCAGCCCAGACCGGACCCCCAAGAGAGGAGGACCAAGGGAGACCAGCCCAGACCGGACCCCCAGCAGAGGAAGGGCAGGCCGGAGGGGAGGAGCCAUGCGAUGCUGCUGAGCCACUACAAGCUGCACCGCAGGAGGCAGGCCGGACACAAGGCCUGAGAGCACGCUACACACACACCUAACCCUAACCCUAACCCUAACACACAUACUCAGGCCCUCAUGCACGCUACACACACACCGAAUCCUAACCCUAACCCUACCACUCAGGCCCUCAUGCACGCACACACAUACGCACCGUUUAAACACAGACUGCAUUCAAACACCACAGAUAAACAACCACGCAACAACUGAAAACCCACACACACGCAUACACUGGUGAUACGGUCGCAAACACACAUACAUGCACAUGAAUAAUGUACUGGUGUUUACACACACGCACGCCGCCAAAUAAUGGACUUUUGGUGUUAGUCAUUGGUUACAGUGAAGAAGAGAGAGAGAGGCGACAAUUGUAUAUUUCCGGACUGAGUCGCCCUCAUGCUUCAGAAAGGGUCUUCAGAAACCUUUCUGCGCGGAUGAUGCCAUUAUGUUUAUGAGAGUUUAUUCAUCGCCACUGGGAUCGAUGGGAUGUAGUUGUCUUUUGCCUUUUCACAUUCUAUGUUGUAUGUAUGUUAUUCUAUGCUGAAUGCUUUAGGAAUGCUUAAGGCAAUUACAUUUUGCAUUCAUUCAUUUUUAUUAUUUAAUAUUUCCUUUUUUCUCCCAAAUUAAAUUGUUAAAUUUUCGACUUGAUUAAAAAAGCAAAUCUAUAUUUAUAUAUUUUUUUGGGUCUGAACAGAGUUAGCAUUAUUUCAUAGUUCUCGCCUAUAUGUAGCCUAUUCAUCUAUCUAUGGAGCUUUGUAUGGGGGCUACAGAAAAAGAGAUUUCCAUUAGGCUGUCCUCUGGGCCCCAUUGAAGAACAUUCGACUAAUAAUGGCAAGGUCUAAUUAUGAAAGAAUCUGACGUUUCAAAAUGAAUAGUAAAUGCUUGUCUGGACUUCAAACAAAUCUUUAUUUAUACCUUCCUGAGGAGAACAAUUUCUGGCGUUGGGCAAAAAACUUAAGUUAGGAAUGUGAAGGGUUGGCAUCCUGGCAACAUGUUAGCGUAAAUCUCUUAAAGAGUAAAUAUCUCGAGAGUUUAGGAUUCUUGGGCAGGUAGAGACAGGAUCAGUCUUGGUUUUGGGGACAGAGUGGAUUACAAAGCCGACAAAGCUAAUGGGGCAAGUUGGAUUUUUGGCUAGCUGUGUUAAGUGGUUGGAGUCUGCCAUUAUUGGCUUCGGGAAACUAAUCCUGGCUGUUGUUUGGUCUGAUUAAGGUUUUCAGUUUCGGUUCAGAAGAGCUCCAUUGGUUGGCUAGCUCAUAGCGUGAAGGCGGGUCUAAAAUAUAAACUGUUAAAGGUCCCAUGGCAUGCUACUUUAUCGAUGCUUUAAUAUAGAUAUUAGUGGGCCCCUAACACAGUAUUUGAAGUCUUCCCGAAAUUCAGCCGUGGUGCAGAAUUACUGCCACUACGAGCCAGUCGCACAUUGAGCUUUCCCCAAACGCGCCGUUUCAGUGUCUGUAUCUUUAAUGCAAAUGAGGAGGAGAGAGGCGGGGAAUGACGACAUACGGGGAAAAUCCCAAAACGGCGUGUCUGAGCUUCGUUUUUUCAAAGGCGGAGCAGAAUGCCUAGUGCUCGUUUUACACCCAACGAAAUUUCUAGCUACUGGUGGAGCAUAGGUACUAUGCUAUAUCUCAUAUUAAUGUUAGAAAACCUCAAAAAUUAGAUUUUCAUUCCAUGGGAUCUUUAAAGGUGAGAAAAGUAUGAUAAGUAUGGCUUAGCCUACAAAAAUGUCUAUAUAAUAUUUUACGAGGAGAUGGUUGCGUUCGUUCUCUCGACAGGUCAUUUCAGUUGUCCCAGAAGGCUCUGCCAGUUUGCGUCUUGAGUGAGUGGUUUGGAAGACUUGCCUACGGAAAAUGUCAAUACUUUCGGAAAUUUCUCCAGUUAAAAAAACAUACCAAUAUAGUCAGAAAGUAUCACGCCCAGAAUCAUCAGUAAUAUGUAUUUAUUUGAAUAAAAAGUGCAUGUUUAGCUAGCAAUACAAGACAAACGAUUGAACAAUAAGGGAGUAGAUAUAUUUACAUCUCAGCCACAGUACAAUGUGAACCAAGCUAAAGUUACUGAACUGAUUGGGCAGGGGCUGCUCCAGAACACGUCAGGGUUUGGGGACUUCCUUUCAGUGGUCUGAUACAUUAUAGGGGGUGGUCCUUAUUUUUUCCUUAUUAUUGAAAUACAUUCAAUGUGCGCAGGGUUCUAUGGUAAAACACUGGCUACAAUGCACCCUCAUCAACCUCUCACAUUUCUUUAUGUAAAA